UGGAGUCUAAGCAAGAAAAAUAUCCAAAAAAUAAGUCACUCUACAGGAAGGAAAUAUUUUUCUCUUUCCUCUUAACAUUCCGAUCGUAGACAAGCGGUCCGACGAGUGCAGUUCUGGGAUGGUUAACCCCGAUAUUUGCAUAGUCAGCGAUACGCACUGAACAGCGCUUCAAGCUUUUGUUUUCAUCGUCUCCCCUAUACGCUAGUAAUACGAUUUGAGGGGGAAAAAGUUUUCCAUGUGCAUCAUGUUGAAAGGCACACUUAUGCUGAGGAUGUUGGUGGAGCACCGGGGAUGAUGCAGUAACAACCGGCAAGGCACGGUAAAAAUUUUUCAUAGCUCAGUUCGACACAGCUGCAGACGAGGCGGAGGUUUGUCAUCACAAUGCAAGAGUUAAAACUGCCCGGGGGUUGGUCCAAGAAAUGGAUCAAGAUUUUCUUCUGCUUGAUCUGCACCAUACUUUGUUAUUUGGGGGUACUGUUGUUAACGAUCGGAUCGGUAUGCAGAAUGCAGUAUGAAGCGCUGGAUGUUCUCAUGGACAUUCGAAUGUAUCGAUUGGUGUUGUUCCUGAUGUUGGUUGGUACACUGUGUCUGGUACUAGCGUUCAUAGGAUUCAUCGGUACAUGGAGAGAAAACCGCCCUGUAUUGUAUACGUUCUGUUUGCUGUUGAUCGUUUUUUCACUAAUGGAGGGUACGGUGGCUUUCAUUGGAUACACACAACGAUACAAUAUGGAAAUAGAAAUGGAAAGCAAACUGUGGUUUGCCGUAAAUAAGUACCCCGUCGAUGUCAGUUGGCAACCGUACGUGGAUUCGUACCAAACGCAGCUAAAAUGUUGCGGAGUCCACAACUAUACCGAUUGGUUUGCGGCGCAACCUCCAGACGAGCUCACGUCGAACGAUAAGGAUCUGAUAGCACAGCUUGUUCCACUUUCCUGCUGUGAUGUUGCAGAUACAACGCAAUGUACAAUCUACAAUGUUAGCUGCCAUACGAGACUGCAAGAUAUUUUUCGCGAUACUGGAAAUACGGUAAUCACUAACACGCUAACAGCGGUGCUGCUACAGUUAUGUGCGGCUGGUUUUGCGUUCUUUUUAGUGCGUAAAUUGAGAUUGUUUACAUUCAUGAAUGAAGAGCUGUUUUAUACGGAAAAGCGGAACCCAUUUGCGUACUCCAAAAUGCAAAGCACGUCUCGAGUCGAGUGACAAAUUGUAAAGUAAGAUUAUUAGCUUAACCGUAAUGCCAUGUAUUUUUAGUCAUGAACUAGAUUUGCCCUUUGCGAAACAUUAAGCCUUUGUGUAACAGUACUGCAACGCUUAUCAGUUUGAGCCUAUGAUAAGACACAAACGAUAACGUACUACGUUGUUAUCGUGUGUUACUAAUUCUUCUACCUAUAGGGGUGGAAGAUUUUUGGAAAGGUACCCCUUUCUAGAAACACAUGUUUUCUUUCCCCUAAUUAAAUAGGUAAUAAAUUUUAUUAGAUCAAACAUUCA